AUGAGGUUUCUUCUGCUCGUACAAGCGGCAUGUGCCCAGGUGGUGGUUGUCACAACUACUGCUACGGUGUAUCACACAGUGCACGCUUCGCCGUCUGUCGUUGGUGUUUCUGGGUUCUUCAACCUGACUACACCGACUUCCACAAUCAGCGAGACCGAGAUCCAAAAAUCCACUUUUGCCGAGCCACCCCGAAGCCUGAAUUUGCUGGUUUCGUAUCAGAGUCCAAUUACUUCGAGCAGCGUGCCAGCAACGUCUCUGUCGACAGAAAUACCGCUCUUCUUUGGACCCACGCUGUAUCUCACAGACAGAAAGCAUGAGUACCAGAAUCCUGGAAGGGUGUUGGAAAAGGGUAAUGAGGCAAAGGGAGAAGUUCAGGGUACACCAGUUGAGGCGAUUGGAAAGCUUCUGGUGACUUCAAGUGGAGACGAUGAAGAGGUGGUGACAAGUCCAGCGAUUACGACGGAAACGAGUGCCACAGAGUCUUCUUUCAGUGUUAGUGCUGAAACUCCCACAACUACGGAAACAAAUUUCGGGUACCACGAGGAGAAGAGAAAGAUCCAGGACGUCAUUGAGCGGCUAUUGGGAAGAGGCAGCCACAACCAGUCGAAGUCCAUUGAGACUGAGGUUGAGUCAAAUCAGCCAACUUCCGUACCCAAGAAAACAAAAACACAUAAAACAAAAACACACACUAUUUUUGUGAAUGUGACAACGACGAUGGCGGCUUUGGACGGGCCGUUUUCGGAGAACAGGCUGGAUGUGGGCUAUAGUGGUACUAUUUCGCAGCCAUUGGAUGGCAGUAUGGUCAGUACAACUGGACCAGAAGGGGCGGUGACUACAGCAAGUAUUGGGCAAGAGGAUGGUAGUUUUGGAGGGAGUCAGUCUCAAUUCUCCUUGGGUACAACUGGCACAAAACCAGUGUCCUUAGAAGCUUCAGCUACUUCCACCAAUAUGGACAACCAGAGAGGCUACAAAACAGAGGUGGAAAGCGGCUCAGAAUCCAAGUCUUCUGCAGCUGCCGAAAACGUUUCAAUCUCCGAUUCUGGCCCAACUUUGGCCCCUUCAACGGCUGCUCCAGAUGACGAAAUGGGACCUACCUCCACUGGACUGGUUCACUUGAAGAGCAGCCCAGAAAGGCCAAUCUCGCCGGAAUUUGAAGUCACAACCCUCACAAUUACGCAGACCGCCAAUGAGGAGACCCUAUCGACUCCCUCGUUGAAUGCUGUAUCUGAAGGUGAUGCAAGUGGGUCCAUUACCGAAAGCGAUAUAUUCAGAUUGCCCGUGGAGACCGAAACGCAAAAGGCAGCCAGAACUUCAACUUCAAGCUUCCAGAAUCCUGAUUUACAGAACUCUGACUUCUCUGGAACCGGCUCAAUUACCUUGUCUUCGCAUACGGUUCCCACAUCUAAACCAACAGAACCAACCAAGAGAACCGUCCGCAUCACCACCCAGCAGACCAUCAUGAAGGAUGUGCCGCCGGUGGAAAACUACCCCAUGAGACAGUGGUCCAUAGAGAUCACCAUGUUGAACGAACAAGGCGAGGAGAUUACCGCCAGUAUACUAGAUAAGGUCACCUACACGUUGCACCCGACGUUUGCCAACCCGAUUAGAACGCUCAAGCAGGCGCCUUUCCGUGUGGAGGAACAGGGUUGGGGUGAAUUCGACAUCCCCAUUGCCGUGCACUUGGUGGGACUUCCAGGCAAGCAAGGCGAACGCAAAUUCAGCCACGACUUGAACUUCUUGCAGGAGACCUACACUGUGGACCACCAGAUACUGAUUCCUUUGAAGCUGGCGCAGUUGAACAAGCUAUUGGCGGAGCUGGGUCCAGUUCCUGCCGACGACGGCAAGCGUAAAAACGAGUCUGACUUGUCGUCGAAGCUGAAGAAAUUGAAGGGUGCCAACGGCGCCGCCACCAAGGGUGCCGUGGACUUGGAGAAACUCGCCAAUGGCCUCACCAAGUUGAGCGAGGACGACUUGAUUGUCAUUGUGCAGAUGGUCACCGACAACAGAACCAACGAGAUGAAUAUCAAGAACGACGUGGACAACGGCGAGUUCACCAUGGACUUGUUCACGUUGCCCGAGUCCUUGUUGAAGAGUUUGUGGGACUACGUGAAGAAGCACACUGGAGAGGCCUGA